ACAAAAGAGUUCCGAUGCGUCAACGACGAAGAACACCGGUUUUGUGAAUAGAUUGCAGCAUUUAUCUGAUCAGAUCGUGAAACACUUCCUUGCUGGAGUGUUCUUUUUUAAAUGGAGUGAUUGCCAUAGCAAAAAUUCUGCAUUGAGUGGAAGAGAGUAAUCUGGACGUAGAAAUGGCAGCAUUUCGCAAUAACUUGGACAGCAGUGUUAACAACAUGGCGGGCAUGGGACAAAGGUUUAUGACUGAUCAGUUUUCCUGGAACUCCCAGUAUGGUCUAAAUAAUCUUGGAAGAAAGACAACAGGUGAAUUAUCACCAGGGGCGAGAAAGAACCUGAACAUGUCAGGGAUGUCAUCACAGCCACCGCAACCCAACCAGCCACCACACCCGUCACAGCCCUCAAAACCCAGGAAGGGUUUAUUUGGGGAGGAUGACGAUAGUGAGACCAGUAUGUAUUUCCCACCGUCGUCCGGACUCCAGUCUUCUGUUUUUCGACCCGACAGAGACGUUAUGAAUUCCCAGUCACCUUCACAACUCUCGGGAGGAUUCGGGAGCAGCAAUUUUUACAACCAAGGAGGUCUGAACAAUUACGCCCUACAACCGAGAGGUCCGGUGUCUGGUGUGACAGGGCCACAGUUUAGAGGAACAAGUCAGGGCCACGUCACUCCCACAAGUAUGAACCCAAACUUUCCGAUGAAUCUUCAGCAGCCUCCUCAGCAACCCUCACCAAACAGAAAUGUGAUAUCUGCCAUUGGUGGACAGCGAAGUGUCAUGAAUCAAAAUCAGGGCAGCCAGUCAUUAUCUAAUCUUCAGAAACGAGCCCUGGGGCAGUCUGGCCUCCCCAACUCAAGUACUCCCCUGUCAAGUCUCAACAACAACUAUAACUUCGGACAAAGUAGUCGACAGAUUUUUGGAACAGAUGACUCUUCACAGCCUGGGUUGGACCUGUCUGAAUUCCCGACACUAGGAAACAGAAACAACAUGCCCUCAAAUCCAAUACCUGCCGCAAGAAAUUACGGUAAAUUUGGUAUGGUGAGUAAACCUGUGAUGGACCAAACGCCGGAGUUCCAGAUACAACAAGAGGAUUUCCCAGCGUUACCUGGUGCCCAGAAUCCUCCAUCAAGUUCUGCUGGAGAUGGGGCCCGUAAAACACCUACAAGUAUAGCAUCGGGCACGUAUGAACAGGCGGUCAGCAAAGAUGGCAAGUUUCCAGGUGACAAGUCCAACAACGCCCAAUCAAAACGGGGGAUUCAGACACACCCAGAUGGUACAGUAUCAAAUAUACCUACUGGCAUGGUUACGGACCAAUUUGGCAUAGUAGGAUUGUUGACGUUUAUCCGAGCAGCAGAAAAUGACCCAAACUUAGUGGCACUAGCCCCUGGCAUUGAUCUGACAACGUUGGGUUUGAAUCUCAACUCACCAGAAAACUUAUACAGUACAUUUCAGUCCCCCUGGGUUGACCUGCCAUGCCGACCACAGGAUAUAGAUUUCCAUGUACCAGCAGAAUAUCUCACAAAUAUCUUUAUUCGUGACAAGCUUGCCCCUGUCAAAUUAAACAGAUACGGAGAGGACCUCUUGUUUUAUCUUUUCUACAUGAAUGGCGGAGAUGUUCUUCAGCUAGCUGCAGCAUUUGAAUUGUACACUCGGGACUGGCGGUACCAUAAGGAAGAAAGGGUAUGGAUUACUCGAGCUCCAGGUUUAGAUCCCAUCGUGAAGACCAAUACGUAUGAACGUGGCACAUACUACUUCUUUGAGGCGCAGGGCUGGCGGAAAGUGCCGAAAGAAUUCCACCUUGAAUAUGAUAAGCUUGAGGAGCGCCCCACGUUACCAUCCACUUUGCACCAUAGUGCCAGUUAGCAGGGCAUGGUUCAAGAACGAGGGCCCUGUAUUUAACUUGGUCAUGUGCAAUGGACACGAGUGUGUGUUAGAUGGACAGGCUCACUCAUAUUGUGUAUCUGUGACAUGUUACCUGUGGUAUGUACGUGGAGAACAAACGUGUUACCUGUGGUAUGUAUGUGGAGAACAAGCGUGUUACCUGUGGUAUGUACGUGGAGAACAAACGUGUUACCUGUGGUAUGUACGUGGAGGACGAACGUGUUACCUGUGGUAUGUACGUGGAGGACGAACGUGUUACCUGUGGUAUGAACGUGGAGAACAAACGUGUUACCUGUGGUAUGUACGUGGAUGACGAACAAGUUACCUGUGGUAUGUACGUGGAGAACGAACAAGUUACCUGUGGUGCGUUUAAGUGAUGGACAGACACUUUACCAGUGGCAUGAACAUGUAUGUGUGUGAGUGGCAUGUAUGUGUGUGAGUGGCAUGUAUGUGUGUGAUCGACGGAAACACUACCAAUGGCAUGACAAACUACUUGUGGGUUGUAUCUGUGUGACCGACGGAAACACUACCUAUGGUAAGACAAACUACCUGUGGGUUGUAUCUGUGCAAGGAGAAUACAAGUCACAGUCUGGUCAACAAUGGUCAAAACAUUCAGCUCGAUAGAUCCAUGGAAGAUUUAACGGUGGUCUGUACGGCCUUGAGGAGUCUGUAACACUUUUGUUGGGAUUUCUAGAUGUCGACCAACACAUUCAGUAUUUUUGUUCAAUUACAUACUGAAGAUUGCAACUCUGUAAAUAAUUUAACUUGAAACUGAUAAAUUAUAGCUUGUGGGCAAUCCCAUGUUUACGAACAAUAAGAGUUGAAGUGAAAGAACACCUCAAAUCAGUGGACAGCUGUGUGUAUUGUAGUGGGACGACCCCAAUAUCAAGGCUGGUACUUUGUUUAUGUUGAAUCAUUAAUACAAUAAAACAAUUUGUAAAUGCA